UGAACCGCAGGCGGGCGGGCGCCGCGGCCUCUGAGAGGCAGGGCCCGGCCCGGCCGCCGCUAUGCCGCUGCAGUUUCGCCUGCUCCGCACCUACUCGCGCCGCGGCGGCCGCCUCCGCCCGGUGCCGCUGCCCGACCGGUGGAUUUCGCCGCCUCAGGACCGUAAGCGGUUCUUCAGCUCGACCUCUGCCGGCUCCAGCGCCGCCUCAGCCGGCUCCAGCGCUUUCUCCGCCCAGUCGGACGACCCCGACUUCUCGCCGCCCGACAAGCGCCGCCCGCAGCCGCCGGGUAAGCGCCCCGUCUUCCCCUGGCGCCUGCGGACCCGCCGCGGCGGAGCCGCGAACAAGGAGAACUGGGCUCCGGGGCCGCUGGCCCUCGCCUCCUCUCCGCCAUCACCGCUCCCGGCCCCGCGCUGCGCCGCCCGCCGCCGCCAGGGGCCGCCCUGCGGGGUGAGGCGUCCCCUCCUGUGCAGCACCCCGCAGUGGCCGCCGCCGCGCCACCGGCCCCGCCGCCGCCGGCGGGCCCCGCCGGCCGAGCUGAGCACCACCGCGGAGGGCGGCUCGGGGCUGCGCGGCAGCCUGCAGCUCUGCUCCCCGCCGCGCAAGCAGCGCACUGCCUCGUCAGACAGCGCCCCGAGCGCGCUGGAGCUGUCCCAUGGGGACUCGGAGCAACUGCCGCCGUUGCCGGGGGUUGACAGCGGGAGGCAGGAGGCGGCUGGAUGGUCCCGUUCAAAACGCGCGGGCAGCAGCCCUGAGCCAGGCCCCGAGGUGCAAAGGUCCCGCAGGGUUCUGAGGAUGUUGGCGCAGGAACCCUGCCGGGAACAAUCUCCCUUGUCCCCCCAGAAAGCCACAGCAGCACUGUCUCCCAUUAACAGCCACCGACAGCACUCUUCCCCACAUGAUCAUGCCACUUCUAAUGAGCCAUCUGAUGAUCUAAGCAGAGAUUCAACAAAAGGAACCUCGAGUUGUCAGAGAGGCAGAGCUGAGAACUGCCACCUUAUGCCAGUGGUGGUUCUGGACCCUCAAGAAGUGUCAGCAUGGCUGACAAGCAUGAAACACAACAAAAAGGGAGAUACUCAACUUGCCUGCCAGCAGCCAGCCUCUCCUUUGGGCCUUCAAGGACCCUUAGAGAAUAAACAUAAAAACACCAAAGUUGUAUCUGGAGAGGCCAGUACCUGUAGGAAAGCUUGCAUCAGUGGCUUCAGUGCCAGCCGCUGGGGGAUGCCAAUAAGGCUUGCUCCAAAAAGGCUCGCUCCAAAAAGGCUCAAAACCAAGAGACAGCAGCAGCCUAACAACUCCCUUUCCAGACCACAGAUGAGACAAAAAGGAAUGAAGAAGAGAGUGCUGGAGAUGUCUGCAGAUGUAAGCGUCAACAACUAUUCAGUCCUCAAUAGCUCCCAUUCCUGGGGUAGGGUUCAAGCAUCUUUCUCCUUCCAUAAGAAGAAGAAAGUUACCAUGGAUGAGAGUUCCUGCAACAGCAUCCUUUGCACCCCUUCCAUGAAAUCCCAGCUCUCAGAGCACCCAGGAAUGCUGUCUGCUGGUAAGGCUCAGUACUGUACUUGGUCUGCUUCCUCCAUGGCCCUGCUGGCUCCUAUGAACUCCUCUUCUGUUCUGGAGCUAAUGCUUACAGACGCAGAGAAGGUGCUUGGGGAAUGCCAGCAGGAAGGGCCUAUUACUUUUGAGGAAUGCAUUCCGCUAGAUAAGAUGAAAGAUUGCAAGAAAAUUGGAGAAGGGGUGUUUGGAGAGGUCUUCCAGAUUGGCAGUGAGAGAGGACCUGUGGCCUUAAAAAUAAUUCCCAUUGAGGGGACUGAAAGAGUAAACGGAGAAUCUCAAAAGAGCUUUGGAGAGAUUCUGCCUGAGAUAAUAAUAUCAAAAGAACUCAGUCUUCUAUCUGAAGAGUCUGUGAAUAGAACUGUUGGGUUCAUCAGCUUGUACUCUGUGCACUGUGUUCAAGGGGCUUAUCCUAAGUAUCUCCUGGAAGCUUGGGACAAAUACCAUGAAGUAAUGGGAUCGGAAAAUGAUCGGCCAGACCUUUUUGGGGAUGAGCAGCUAUUCAUGGUUCUGAAGUUUGAAUAUGGGGGCAGUGACUUGGAGAAUAUGAGAAACAGGUUGAAUUCAGUGGCAACAGCGAGAAGCAUUUUGCACCAGGUCACUGCUUCCCUGGCUGUGGCAGAACAGGAACUGUACUUUGAGCACAGGGACUUGCACUGGGGGAACGUGCUGGUGAAGAAAACUAAUGCCAAGGAGCUUAGUUAUGUGUUGAAUGGGGCAACACACACAAUCCCCACCGCAGGGAUUCAUGUCAACAUCAUCGAUUACACCUUGUCUCGGCUGGAGAAGGAUGGGUUAACUGUGUUUUGUGACCUUUCCACUGAUGAAGAGCUGUUUCAAGGCACGGGGGACUACCAGUUUGAUAUCUACAGGCAAAUGAAAGUGGAGAACUCCAACAGCUGGGCUGACUAUCAUCCACACAGCAACGUCCUCUGGCUGCACUACCUGUCAGAUAAACUUUUGAAAGGUGUGUGCUACAAGAAAAAGGAAAAAACUUCUGCCCUGAAGAAAAUAAAGCAGCAGCUCAAUAAGUUCCACAGGGAAGUGCUGAACUUUGAGUCAGCCAAUGAAGUUUUACAAAACAGCAGCCUCUUCCAGUGAGCAAGGGAGCACAGUGUUUCCAAGAACUAAGUCGCUGAUGCUGCCUUUCUCCUUUGCUGUCUUUAUGUAUGAUCUUUUUGAAUGUGGGCACGAUGAAGAAGUGUUAUGAUCAGUUACCAACAUGUACAAAAUGCUGUAAAAAAUGUCUAAAACCUCCCAAAAAUGUGUUCUGGUCUCACAUGUUUCCAUAUGUACUUUUUUUGAGAAGUGAUGUUUGAGAUCACAAGGAAGAUUUCUUGAGGCUCAAUUCAUGGUUUCAACUCCACAGAAAUUUUCUUACCUUUUCAGUCUUAGAUUUUUUUAAAGUUCUUGCCUUACUCUAUUGUCUUCCUUACAAAUUCUCUUUUUAAAGAAAAAAGAAAAAAAAACCAAAAAAAACCCCAAAAACCAAACCCAAAAACCAAACCCAAUUCCGGGCAGUGAGGACAAAGGUAAAUAGUGUUAGGCCAGUUGGGGACAGAGAGGGAAAACCCCACCUUUUGACUUAGUUUUAACACUGAACUUUUGAGCAGUAUGGCAAAGUUUGUACCUGGAAUGACGCUACAAUAUGUAAAUAUGUAAAGGUUCUGUAGUGUAGGUUUUAAAAACACUGAGGGUAUUUCCCCCCCCCUUUUAAGGACUAGUGAAGAGAUAUUUGAUUAUGAAAAAUAUAAGGAAAAGUACCUGUGUUCCUGACGCAUUUUUGACUGUCAUUAUGUUGUGACCUUGUAUGCUGAUGGGAACCCAAAUCUGUAACUCAAUGGUAGCAUUAAAGUGAUUUUCUCCAUUUAUCUACAGAAGAAAAUGCAAAAGGUAAUAAGUGUUCUUCAGUCCUGAUUGUAGGUGGAUCAGAUGACCUGAAUUUGAAGCUAUACUUACAUUAAAUCUGAAUUCUUUGUUUUCAAGUAGUCCUUUGCUAACACUCACGUACAUUGAAGAAACUGGUCUAAAGAGAACGAUAAAUCAAACUGAGUGGAAAGUGAAUUAGAGUAUUAAAAAUUAGUACAUCUAAUGACCCAGAUGCAUUAAGUGUAAUUAAGAGCUACCAUCAUCAGAUUUGCUAUAACUGGAAUGCUGUCUAUGCAGUUUGUCUGUAUAUAUGUGUAUAUAUGCAGUCUGUCAAUUAGAUGCAUCUCUGAACUCAUCUUGAAGUCUACUUUUUACAAGCUAAGCAGUUGGACACCCUAGGCACCCCCUGGCCUAGGGGUCCAGGGGGUGCCUUUAGAUGGCACCCCCCUAUCUAAAUGAUAGAGCUUUAUUGUUUUGUCUUCCAGGCUCUACUUUUGCUGUCUAGUACCACAGAAAGUGACUUGACAAUCUGCAGUGCUUGAAAUUAUUAAGAUGGAAAUUGCAUUGGAAACAUACCAGGCAUCCUCUCAAUCCUUUUUGCCUUUAAUUGACUAAAGUAAUAAAAUAUAACUAAAUUUUCUUAAAACUUACCUCGUAAGGACUGCAGUGAAUGCAUAUCUGAUGUCAAGGAUGUGUUCUUCAGUCAGAAUGGUGCUAUUUUCAUUUAUGCUUAAAAAAAGGGAUGAAACCACUUCA